GGCUGUCGGCUUCUGUCAGGUUCUGUUGAAUAUAUUGCUUGAUUUGAGUGAACUCUGGUUGUAGAUGUGUUAAUGAUGAAUGUAAUUAGUGGCACUUCACCUGUUCAUGGUUCAUUCACCUGCCUAAAGAGUUCUUUAGAGAAGAAAUACCACUGAGUAAUGGAUAUGGAUAUGUUUAGGGUCAGAAAGAUGGCUUUGACACUAAAUAUUAUGCACAUGAACCAGCAUGCAUUAUAUACUUAUUAUUAUUAUUAUUAUUAUUAUUAUUAUUAUUAUACUUAAAUGUGACAGGUUCAAGGAGUCAAAAGUAGCCUGUUACUGUCAUUGUGUUUUCUUCCGAUAAAUCUCAGUUCGAGACUUCCCAAGCGAAACAACAACAAAUGAACAACAAAUGCAACAGUAUAAGAGUACAAAAACCACACAAGUGCAGAAUACGGUAUUGUUUUGUUUUGUUUCUUGGUGCAGGAUGAACAACACGUAAUAACACACCGUACCCGCUUCAUAUUUGCUUUAGAGAGCCUAAAACCAACAAAGCGACAACGAUUAACGUCUGUAAACAGGACACGAGGUGCUCUGAAGUCAGCGUUUCAGGAGCGAUGGAGGGUUGGGGUGGAUUUCGGACGCUGCAGUGCUACGUGGUCAGCUCUCAGGUGCUGGGCGUGGUUUGCGUGGUGCUCACGGGGGUGUGGAUGGGCCACUACCACGGGGGCUACGCCUGGGACAGCUCGCAACAGCAGUUUAACGUGCACCCGCUCUGCAUGGUCAUGGGCCUCGUCUUCCUGUAUGGAGACGGCGUGCUGGUGUACCGUGUGUUCAGGAACGAGAGUAAGCGCUCGGUGAAGAUCCUCCACGCUCUGAUACACAUGAUGGCCCUUGUUAUCAGCAUUGUGGGUCUGGUGGCCGUGUUUGAUGUCCAUAAUAAAGCCGGCUUCCCUAACAUGACCUCUCUGCAUAGCUGGUGUGGCAUGCUUACCUUCAUCCUCUUCCUCAUGCAGUGGCUGCUGGGAUUGGGCUUCUUCCUGUUUCCUUGGGCAUCAACAGUGCUACGGAGAUGGUAUCUGCCACUGCAUGUAUUCUUUGGCCUGGUGCUCCUGGCCAUGGCGGUGGGUUCCUCGCUCAUGGGCAUCUCCGAGAAAGCGAUCUUCAGCGGCCUGCCACCGUUCGCUCCCGAGGAGGUUCUGGCCAACAUGCUCGGCCUGCUGCUGGUGUGUUUCGGGGUGCUCGUGGGCUACGUGGUGACCAGAGAAGAGUUCAGACGACCGCCGAACCCCGAGGAAGAGGCUCUGUCUAUCCACUUCAGCACUCUGAGCGAGGACUCCAGGCCCAGCAUGCCUUAACACAGCGCCGACGCUUCAACACUCAUCCUCCGCUUUAGUCUCCAGCCUCCUUAUUCCGUUUUAACCUCUCUUCACUUCCCCCCUGUGUGUGUGCGUGCGUGUGUGCGUAUGUGUGUGUGUGUGUGUUCAGUAACAGAAAGCCGGGGUCAUCGUCUCAUCUCGGCCGUAUCCUACGGAUGAACGUAUCCACGGCGAAACGAGUUUCGGAUUCGAGUACGUAAAAAGAUUUCUCGGUCUUCGUGUUUUGUAUCAAAAUAGCGAGUUAGGAGAAAGAUUCCAAACUUGAUUUGAUUCCAAACCUGCAGGAUGUACGCUUUUGUAUCUCCACCCGUUUUCUUCCACGCAAAUAACACGAUGAGAAUUCAGGCCUGCGUCCCAAACUGCAUUUUUAUGGAUGAAAUACGAUGACCAAAAUAGCACCGAAACCACAGGUAUGCUAGCAAACCGUUUAUUAGGGACGGAACGCGGUUUAAGACGUGUCCGAAGUCUUCAGGACUCUGUUCGCGGUUAACGUCGUGCCUUCGGGAUUACAGAAGCGUUACGGGAACGUAAGCUCUGUAGUUAAUGAAACGAUCGACUCGGUCGAUGCUUUCAAAGGCAUACGCUAGAGAGGAACGCGUAACGCUAGCUAACAGCUAGCCGAACACGCUACCUGAAAUAGAGCUGCGAAUAGAACGACACAUCAGAAGGAAGGAAAAAUAUACAGUACUGUGCAAACGUUUUUUUUUUUUUUUAGUACAACUAGAAAACUCUUUUCUCAUUUUUUUUUUUAAACGCAGACUUUGUCGGAGAUGUUUUUAUUUGACGACUUCUACAUUAUCGAGUUGGUACAAGAACAGUUCCGAUUCCCAAACGUUAGUUUUCCAGCACAAGAUUAAACGUUACGGGAAAAAAACCAAAAAAACGUUCGUACGACAGUAAAGAAAGCAGAGUAUUGAGUCGUAAGAGAGACUUUUCAGACGUAAAACGUAACGAAGGGUUUCGCCGAGAAAGUAAGACACGAGCGCGACGGUCAAAGUCUCCAGAAGAACCGCGUCUGGUUCUGCAAGACGCUCGGUAACACCGGCAGCUCCUUCCCUUAUAAACCUGCACACGUUCUACCUGAGAUUACUUUAUUUAUUUAUUUAUUUAUGUUUAAAGCAAAGGGUCGUCACACCACGUAUCGCCUUUGUUUCAUGUAUACGGUUUACUGCUUUUUAUAGUGUUUUUUUUUAUUAUUAUUUUUAAAUGGGGAAACAUUUCAGGUCAUUAUCUUUGCGCUGCAGCCUUUCUUUGCGUGCGCCUAAAACUUUUGCACAGUACUGUAUACGCUGACGCUUCGAAUGCCCGACUCUCACCCAAGUGCAUCUGAGUUUAAAAUCCUUGAAGCACAGAAAAACACACCGGAAGCACUUGAUAGACUAGACGUCCGAGGCCGUUACGUUAAAAUGACAUACGUAUUGAGCGAUUUGAAAUAUAGAUACUAACAAAGAGCCAAAUUCUGAUUACCGUACUCUUACCUUAUCCGUCCCAGCGCUUUUAAAAUGCAUAAAAACACACCAAAAACACACCAAAAACACCUGCUAGCCAACAGUUUUGCGGAUAAAUAAGCACAGAUCUAUCAAAAUCACACACACCAGGAGUGAACCGAAGAAUCCUGUCCAAGUUUAAACCACCUACAACUGGCCGAAUUCCCCGGUGAGAACAUAUCCACCCUUCUCCAGGUUCCCGUCAGAUUAGAGGUCAAGAGGCCUUACCUGUUUAGCAGGAAAAAUCAAAACCACCAUCAAUAAUAUGCGACCGGUUCACUCGUUCACGUCUGUUCGAUUCGUUUACAUUCUCUCUCUCGCUCUCUCCCGAUUGGCCGCAGCACACACCAGUCAUGCUGCAGCAGGACGUUCGACGUGUCCGAGCUCAGGAUCAUCAGAUUAUACGGUGGUUUUUCUUCUCCCCUGACUCAAUAACCAUGUUGGUUUUUUGUUUGUUUGUUUGUUUGUUUUUUUCUUUUCAUUUUAAUAAAAGAAAUCCCUCUGUAUAGUAGUUUAAAUUUAAAUGCGUGAAGAAUUUUAAAAGCGCUCCAAAAAUGUGCGGAAAUUCAGAAACCAUUUUCAAGUGAGACUCAAGACACCGAGGUUCCGGACCUGUCGUCUUUAGAUGUCUGAAUUUCAUCCUCGUAUGAAGUUUCUUCUUCAUGACACGCUCGGAAAUGUUCAGAAAGUUUAAAAAAAAAAAAAAAAAGUCUUGAGAAGGUCUUGGAAUUAUUUAAUUUUUUAUUUUGUUUUAAAUGAGGAAAGCUUAGAAACCCUGUUAAAUUAUCAGACAUACACAGAGGUAUUUUGUAUGUCCGUGACACAAAGUACAGUUUGAUCAGAAUGUGUGUCGAUAUCAGACAACGUGGUGACAUCUGGUAAAAAAAGAAAAAGAAAAAAAAAGCUGAGGGUACUGGACCACAUUGUGUUUGAAGCCCUAAUUACUAUAAAGGCCUUUGAAUAUAAUUCCCUGCAAGAACUUUCUAGAUGUCCAGAGUAAGCUCGAGUCUGUUCUAAUACCGCAGAAAUAGUGAAAUAAUUAUAAUUACACAUCCACGUCAUGUUGUCUUUACAGUAAUGAGGCUUCAGCUGUUCAGGUAAAAACCACUGAGCUCGUAAUUACCGGUUGGGAACUCGUAAUUUUCCGAAAGCUGUAAUUUGACGCCGAUACGGUACGUUAUAAACAAACGACCAAAAAAACCAAACAAAAAUGCUAGCGGCUUCUAGAGUUAGACGUUAGCUAGUUAGUAAUGUAAUGUUAAAUCAGGAGUUUAACUUGAAUUAUUUAUACAAAAUGAGGUUUUUUUUAUCAUUAGUUAUAACUAUCAAAGUAUAGUCUGAUGAAUCGGUUUAACUCGUAGCAUUCACGUUCGAUCUUACACCAGCGAAGGACGCCACACACGUCCGAAACCACGCCCUUUCCACGCCGUUUCGCAGUCAGUUUGGAAUCCGAAUGUACGCUCGUGAUAUCCCACGACGCACUGCGAUCGCGUCCAGGAUCGUGUCCGAAUGAAGUUCCGUAGAGGAAGCAAAGCCACCCAUAAUGAUUAUCUGUACAGUCGAGGCCAUUGAUGCACCGUAUCCACUGUGACGCCAUAGAACCAAGUCAUUUUCAAGUCCCUAUUCGCUACACAGUGCACUGUUUAGUAGCCACAUCCCACAAUGCACCGCUUAACGGGUCGGGGCCGAAUGAUGUACGCUGGAGAGAGUAGAGAAUACCCAGAAUGCAUCGCCUUGGACGUUUGUAUGGUUUGACACGUGGCCUCGUUGAUGAUCUAAAUAUGAUGGUACAUUAUAUCGGUCUAGUAUUGAUAUUAUUUGAACAGAACGUUUAAAUCAUUACUGUGUUUUACUAUAUCUGCCCGUACAUUUAUUAGAAAUCACACAACGGGGAUUGUUUGUAUGUGGAGGUUUAACGACGUCGCGAGAAACAAACGAAGCAGGAGUGUCUGAGCUAUUCCCGACUGAGAAAAGCAGAUUCAUCACUUUAACCUGGGUUUCAAACAUCAUUAUUAUUAUUAUCAUCAUUAUUAUUAUUAUUAUUGACUGCAUGAAACUCAACAGAGGCUGCUGUGCAACACUUUCUAACAUCGCCUCCGUGUGUUCACUGAAAGGUAUUACAUGAUGCAUCUUAUUGCAUAUUCCUUACCAAGGUGUUUUUAUGUAGAACCCCUGACCUGAAGGAGUCUCCAGUGUCAGCGCUUUUGUAACAGUCUGAGGUAAAGCUGUAACUUUAAAUCUUCCGACGUCUUUGUAAGAAAACAAGCGGCGUAUUUACUUAUUUUUUUGUCACAAUAACUUCAAGAGUGGAUGAAAGAAAGGCUCGUGAGGGAACGACCGUUUAUAUCUGCCAUAAGCUACGUUUAUAUUUAAAGCAGCUAAAACGUAACGUAAAAACUUGUUUCUUGGACAUGCCACAACAUUAAAAGUAGCUAUAAAUGGAUAAAAUGUACCACGUGCCAUUCUUUGAUGAUAAUUUUUUUUUUAUUUUUGUCAAACUGCUGUGGAAAAAGAGGAAUAAAAGACUCCGGGCUGAACGGAU